AUGCCUGGUGGCGCCGAGGCUCGAACACAGUACCUUGAGGGUAGAAAAAUGUCAACAUUAUUAGCUAAACCAACACCAGCGGAACCGGAAUGGUGGAAAACAUCAGUUGUUUAUCAGAUAUAUCCUCGUUCAUUUUUCGACUCCAAUGGCGACGGUAUUGGUGAUCUCAAUGGAAUAACAAUGAAAUUAGAUUAUUUAAAAAAAUUAGGUGUAGGUGUUGUUUGGUUGUCACCAGUCUACGAUUCACCCAACUAUGAUAAUGGCUACGAUAUUCGUAACUAUACAAAAAUAAUGGAUGAAUUUGGAACGAUGGAAGAUUUUGAUAAUUUAUUAAAAGGACUGCAUGAACGUAAAAUUAAACUUAUUAUGGAUUUAGUGGUAAAUCAUACGUCGGAUGAACAUGACUGGUUUGUUCAAUCAAAAUCGAGCAAAGAUAAUCCUUAUCGAGACUUUUAUCACUGGGCACCACCAAAGGAUGGAAAACCACCAACCCAAUGGGGAGCAUGUUUUGGUGGUUCGACAUGGACGUAUGAUAUUAUUACUGGCCAAUAUUAUUUACAUACAUUUACAGAGAAACAACCGGAUUUGAAAUGGGAAAAUCCAGCUGUACGGAAUGAAGUCUAUAAGUUGAUGCGUUGGUGGCUUGAUAAAGGAAUUGAUGGAUUUCGAAUGGAUGUAAUUAAUUUUAUUUCAAAAGCACCUGGAUAUCCAGAAGGUGCCCGACAUCCUAAUUCUGAAUUUACAGAUGGUUCACCCUAUUUUAUUAAUGGUCCAAAGAUUCAUGAAUAUUUACAGGAAAUGAACGAAAAAGUAUUACGACAUUACGAUAUAAUGUCUGUAGGAGAAACACCAGAUGCCACUGUGUAUGAUGCUGAACUAUUUACAUUCCCUGAACGAAAAGAAUUGAAUAUGAUAUUUACAUUUGAACAUAUGAAUUUGGAUGGUGGAAAAUGGACUCCGAAACUAUUAGAAUUAACAGAUUUAAAACAUCAUUUCACUUUAUGGCAAAAAGAUUUAUGGGGAAAAGGAUGGAACAGUCUCUAUUGGAAUAAUCAUGAUCAACCUCGAAUCGUAUCACGAUUUGGCAAUGAUUCAAAUUAUCGAGUUGAAUCAGCAAAAAUGUUAGCUACUUGUUUACAUUUUCUAUGUGGUACUCCUUAUAUUUAUCAAGGCGAAGAAAUCGGCAUGACCAAUGUACGCUUUCAAACACUUGCUGACUAUCGAGAUAUAGAAACAAUUAAUUUUCACGAUGAUGCAGUCAAAGCGGGUAGAAUGUCAAUGGAAGAAAUACUGGCUGCUAUUUACGCUAAAUCUCGUGAUAAUGGUCGUACACCCAUUCAAUGGACAGCUAAAGAACCGUAUGCAGGAUUUACAAAUGGUCAUGAAACUAAAGUACCGUGGAUUGGUGUCAAUGAUAAUUAUAUUGAUAUUAAUGUUGAACAAGCUCUAGAUGAUCCAAAUUCUAUUUUUUAUUAUUAUCAGAAGUUAAUUCAAUUACGAAAACAAAUGUCUGUCAUAACAUAUGGAAAAUAUGAGAUAUUAUAUGAAUCACAUACUCAUCUAUAUAUGUAUAAAAGAUAUGAUAAUGAUGGAGAAGUGUAUGUAUGCUGCAAUUUUAGUCAACAACCCAUAGAAAUUGAUGAUCAAAAAUUAAUUGAUAUAUUAAAUAGUGGAAAGAUUGUAAUUAGCAAUUAUUCCGAUCCAAAAUAUUUACGAUUUAGGGCAUAUGAAGCAUAUGUUAUUGAAGUUAAAAAUACAAAGUGA